GCACGGUCACGAUUUUCACAUCCACAGACUGGCUGCAAUUCAACAAGCAACAUCAGUUGUUACAUCAUCCUUAAUUUUCGCUGCUGGUUCACGCUGUUUCACGGGGUGGGAAUCCGUUGAGGCCUGUUACCAUUGUCACAGCGCAAUGCGAUCAGACGGGGAACUGUAAGCAGGCCUGCAUCUGCGUUCUUCCAGUUUUUUGUUUUGUUCGAUUAGUUCUGAGGGCUACAACAUGGACGGCCAGGGGACGAAGAGAAAAUUGGAUGUCACUGAGGAUGAAUACUCCAUCACACAUUCGACGGAGAACGUCCACGGCCUGGACGAGCACAUCGUCAGCCGCCAUGUCUCCAUUCAAUCGUUCUCGGAAGUCGAUGAUGACAGCGUAACCGCACAGUCCUACCAGUACGCCCGUCAAAAUGAACAGCGACAGUUGGAAACGGGAUUUCUGGAAGCGCUUACCCAGUGUCUGCUCGCUCAAAUGGACGCGAAGGAUGACAGUGGGAUGAGUUUCUUAACGUGCCGCGCCUUCUAUCAUUUUCAAAUGGAUUUAGAAGAUCUGCAGUCAGGGAAGUGGAACGAUUUUGGUCAGGGGAAAUUGCAGCGAGUCCGGGUGUCACAGACUAGCCACGAAAUUUCCCCACUGCCAGCGUGGCUGGAGAACGGCGUUGGACUGCAAGUGUUCUUCCAGAGCAAGGUGGCGACAAACCGACCGCACACCUCCGAUAGCGAGUCCAAGCAUGGUUUCGAGAUUCCAUGGCAGGCCAAGAUCCAACUGGAACAAAUUCCGGACGAGUGCAUCUUGAUGGAGGUGCAGUUGGCGUUCAUUAACCCGGACGGUCACGGAAGUCCGACCGUCAAGGUGACAAUGGCGCCACCCCAUGCCACCUACAUCAGCUUCGUCAACAACGUACUGAAGGAAAUCAACGGUCAGACAUAUUCUGAGUGCUGCCAUGAGCUGGGUAUCUUCCGCCAAGCAUACUGUUUCGUCACCAUGCGUGUGCCGCUGCUGCGCUUCAUAUCGAAACUGCUGAAAAAGUUCCGGCGGACCAUCCCGAACUGUCCGCCACUUACGGAUGAGAUAGCCUUGGCAGGAGCGGAUAAUGUGGUGCUGAAAACACGACAGGGUAAAGUGGAGACGGAUCGGCAGGUCCUGGUUGGUCUAUCUCCAGCAGCGCGUGCCCUCUUCGCAGUGGGAAAACUCGGAAAAGUCAGUUCAUUCGAAGUGGACUGUAGUAAAGUGGCCCUUAUGACCGUGGUCGGCGCGGCUGUGCGUAAACACGAAUCUCUGCCAGUUGACCCAUGCCAAACGGCUCUGUGUUUUCUGUACGAGGUCAUGAAGUUGGCGUUAAGUUGGGAGAUUCCGCAGCUGUCACUGUGGACACAGGUGGCGUUUGUGGAGCGCUGGUGCCAUCCGGUCGUCAAUCUGGAGCAGAUCCCCGUCCUGGAUGCUAUCCGUGCCAUCUGUGAAUAUGCCGAUCCCGAGAAAGCGGGCAGUCGGAUGAUUGUGUGUGGGCUUAUCACUGCACUGCGCAUUCUGCAUUCACCGAUCGCGUCCUGGACGCUGGAUGAGAUGCAGCGGUUAAUUGCACCGUACCCGGCAUUAUGGGAGCACUUUCUCCCGCUGGCCCGGCUGGUUCUGGAUACAAGCAUUCUCGUUAAAACUGUGACUGGUCGCAUCAUCACGAUCGCGGUUAACCUUGGCUUUUCGGCAUAUCAGGUGAAAUGCUGUAUCCAGGAGAAAGAAGGGAUCCCCGUGGAUCAGCAGCGACUUCUUUAUGCCGGCAAACAGCUAAGCGACAACGUCACCUUAGCGGAUUACGGUAUUAAAGCGGAGGCUAUCGUACAUCUCGUAGUGAGAAAGCGCGGAUGCUGAAAUUGUGGACCGCACUUGAGAUCGGAAGCAUGAAAUUGAAACCGCUUGGGUGGCGCUUGUAGUGGAUAAAAUUCUGUAAACUUCUGUUCUGCAGAACUUUUCUGUUUUAUAACUUUUGUCCAUAUAAAUUUGUCUUUAGGAAUUUACUUGAUCAUCUUCGUUUUGUUUCUAAAUGGAUCUUAUUGGGUAAUUAAUUUUGUUAUAUAAUACUGUAUUGUACCUAUUAGUUUGUGCGAUCGCUUCCAUUUCCCUGGCUUGUCUUUUAAUAUAAAGUGUAAACAGAAUUUCUAUAGAAGUAUCGUUUUCAACUUUACUUGGUGCUUGUGGAUUUGGAGGUUAAUGGCUA